AUGAAUGAAGAACCUAUAACUCAUUCUACCCUAAAUGUGAACUCCCAGCAGAAGUGCAAAGCAAAGAACAAUAUUAAGAAUACAUUUCAUUCAACUGAAUUGUCAUUCAUUGAGCAGAGGCAAAAAUACCAAAAACAUAGUAAGAAGCAUGAAAACACAGCAGAAGACAUCUCUGGUGAAGAGAAUUUCUCACCUUCUCCAUGGAGGCUCAUCUCUAGUGUGCUUGGUGCCAUGUGCCUUCUCCUGAUGGCUGUAGCCAUAGCGGUGAGCGUUUCCACUACACACUUAUCUUCUGAAAGAACAUGUUCCAUGAUCCGGCAAAGAGGACCUCAUCAUCCCUGCCCAGAGAACUGGGUCUGGUUCAGAUGCAGUUGUUAUUACUUCUCCAAGGAAAUGCUAAGCUGGAGAGAGAGUCAGCGUGCCUGCUUAUCUCUCAAUUCCAGUCUCAUAAGGAUAAGCAAAGAGGAGAUGGAUUUUUUCAGUUUGAAGUCUUUCUUUUGGGUUGGAAUUUACUAUGAUGAAACUGGGAGACAGUGGCGGUGGGAAAACCAUUCUGUUCUACCCUAUGAGAUGUUUUAUGAUCUUGAUACUAAUAUGCAAUGCUUCUGUGCAUCUUAUAAAUCAAAAGGAAUUUAUUUGGCUGAAAAAUGUACAAAUAAAUUGACAUAUAUUUGCAAGAAGUACCAUAUUUAA